AUGGCCGGAAGUGGGGAGCAUGUUAUUUCCAUGGAGGAGUUGCUUUCGAAAAAGGUUAAUGUUGUCACAACCGAAGCUGGUGAAACAAGCAGAGGCAGCGACAGUUCCGGCCUGCGGAGGCGGAUCAUUGAAAUCGGCGAGGAAGCCUGCGAGCUGAAAAAAAAGAGGUUUGAGAAACUGCGGAAAUCAGCCCCAGAUGAUCAUCCCAGUAUUAAUACGCCAAAAAUACAAAAGGUUCCGCUGUUGCUGCAGGAUCACAAACAUUUCGACAAGUAUUUCAAGCCAAGGAUAGUUGCAAUCGGUCCCAUCCAUCAUGGUGAGCCAAAAUACAAGCGAGCCGAGGCGUACAAGCUUAGAAUGGCAUCCUACUUCGUCAAAGACAGUGGUAGAAAGGAUGAGAUUUUGUACGACAUUGUUGAGAAGAACAUCGAGCAACUGAGGCAGUGUUUCGACGACAAGGUGACCGAGAAAUAUAGCGAUCAGGCCCUCGCCUGGAUGCUGUUUGUGGACGGGUGUGCAAUAUUACAGUCCAUCCAUUGUGCUGUUAGCCAAAACUGCAAAGACUGGGAAAUGAAAUACGAUCUGAUGGCCUUUGCGACACAGGAUUUGUUCUUGUUGGAGAAUCAACUUCCUUAUCAGCUCCUUGUGGAUUUGAUGAAUUCCAGCACAAAGAAAGUUGAAUUGGAGAAGUCCAUUACAGAUUUCAUUAAUCAGCAAGCAUACGGUAAGUCGCAGUCGAGCCAGAAUGGAUUACCGACUACGGAAAGGCCGAUCCAUCUUCUCGAUCUCCUCCGGACGAAAAUCAUGAAAGACAAUACACAAAGUGAUGGCAGAAAGAAGAACGGGGAACGAUUAAAGUUGACUUAUCGCAACGUGGAGGAGCUUAGAGCAGCUGGAAUCUAUAUGAGGUUGAAUGAUAGUGAUGAUCCCUUGACAACAAUACGUUUUGAUAGAUUUCUCUACCCGGGAUACCUUUCGCUUUGUCCAAUAAUAGUUGAUGACUCAAUGGGGCCCAAGUUCUUGAAUUUGAUAGCCUACGAGAUGUGUCCGGAUUUCAACAACAAGUUCGAGAUCACCUCAUACAUAUUAUUCCUGGAUUCACUCAUUGAUAACAUCAAAGACGUAAUAGUGUUGAGGAAUAAGGGAAUACUCAAGAACUGCCUUGGCAGCGACGAGGAAGUGGCUCAACUCUUCAAUGAGAUCGGCACCGACUUGGUUCCUGACCCCGACGCAUAUUGGGAUGUCCAAGAUGCCAUUCAGACACACUUCAAGGUUAAGUAUAUGACCUGGAUUGCUGAAGCCCUCCACGAUCAUUUCAGAAGCCCCUGGACAUUUAUGGCUUUUUUGGCCGCCAUAAUAGUAGUCGGCCUAACUUUCAUACAGACUUGGUUCGCAUUCAAAGACGACAGAGGUAAUUCCCGACCCCGAGUUCGGCGCUAG